CAAUAAAGUCACUGCUUUAUGUUAUGCUGGAGCUUCAAAGAAACUGAUUUCUGGAAGUGAAGACUGUAUUCUAGUCUUUUGGAACAUGGAAGUUGUACGGCAAGAAACCCCAGACUGGGCAGAAAGUGACUGCUGCCAGCGUUGUACUCGUCCUUUUUUCUGGAACAUUAAAGCUAUGGUGGACCAAAAAACCAUUGGUAUUAGACAGCACCACUGUAGGAGAUGUGGAAAAGCUGUGUGUGAUGCCUGCAGCACUAAUCGAAGUGCUAUUCCUAUAAUGGGUUUCGAAUUUGAUGUCAGAGUUUGUGAUGAAUGCCAUAGUAUGAUCUCUGAUGAUGACCGAAUACCACUGGCAACAUUUCAUGAUGCCCGUCACUGUAUUAUAGACAUGGAUCUGGAUGAAACAAGGUUUCACCUCUUAACAGUAGGCUCAGAUCGUGUUAUCAAGCUGUGGGAUGUGAGUAGCCUUCUAAACUGACAUUGUUAUAAAUGUUUCGUAUGAAAAUGAAGACAUACCUAUGUCUUCUGAAAUUUUGUCAACUACAUAGUCAACUUAGUUCCAAGACAACUAACUGUUCAAAUGACACAAUUCCAUCAAUUAUGGGAUCCCACAAGCUUGUCCCUGAAAUUAUCCAGGAAAGUAAAUUGUAAUGUAUGUUGCAUCAUGUGUGAACAGAUAUGUUGUUCAAGAUAAGCAAGUAUAUUCUCUAAAAGAUAAUUUGUGAACAGCAUGUGCCCUAAAAAUCAGAUGAAUGGUGUGCAAGAUAGAAAAGCUGCUAUAAGUUGUGACAAACACGUGGGAAAAUUAAUAACUUGAUGGAUUUCUGUUCAGUAUGAUCAUUAUAAGGAAUGUUAUUUUUUUUCUAAUUUUUUUAUUUUGGUUCAUCAAUGAAUUUGCUUCAUAUUGAGGAAAUGCAAAUGUUAAUUGAAAUGAAAGUUGAGCUACAUUGUAGGAUUGAGUAACAUAAAGUUUUUGAAUAACACAGUAUCUGGUUAAUAUUUUACUGAAAGAGAAAGAAUAGCAUUAAGAAAUAUAAAUAAAAUGUGUUAGUGUUCUCCAAGUUAUCAGUUUUGAGAUACAGUAACUCUAAAGAAAGCACUUGAAAAACGUAAUCACAAGUUACAAAAUCACCUAUUGCAUCUGCGAGUACUUUAAAGAAUCAGUUGAUGAGGAUCAUUAGCAGGGUAUGUAUUACAUUUAAAUUCUGUUAAAUUUAAUGUAAUGAGUUUCAGCUACUAACAUGCUAAUAUUGCAGUGUUCAUCUGGAAAUGGUAAAAUCUUUUGAAUAUUUGCUUUAAGGUUAUGGAAAAGUGUUAAAUCUCUUCCUAAAUAGAAGUACAAAAGUAAGAUCUUUUGAAAAAUGCAAUUUUUAGUUUCCUGGAAAUAAAUGAGUUACUGAACUUGAUGGCCCUAAGGCAGUUGAUUAUCACAUUGUAAUCAACUACUUUUGAUACUAAUUAGCAUGUAAAGAGUUUGUUUUAUUCUGCAUAGCAUACAUGAUUCAGCCAUGCCAGUGGCUCAGAGUAGGGUACAAAUAUUAAAAUUUCCCUUUAGCAAAGAAAGUGUUAGAAUUUAAUAUUUUGUCAAAUGUGGCACUUUCCAACACUUCUUUCCUCCUCAGUUGUUUCAAACAAAUAUUGAAAGUCACAUCCCAGGCUUUAUGGGCACACACACAUUCUGAAUGAAAAGAAAUUUGUUAUUGUUUAAUAAUUUGUGAAGCUGGUAUCUUAAAUAUUUGAAAUAAUGGAGGAGUUAGUGUGUUAUUUGUUAUCAUAAAGAAAGUAUAACCAUAUAAAAAUAUUAUGUAGUGAAAAGUGAGUGUUGAAUUGCAAUUAAAUGUUACGCGAUGGUUCUGCUAUAUUGUAUGUCCCACAUAUAUGAAUUCAAACAUUACAGUAUACUGGCACAGUGGAAUACCUGCACAUAUUGAAAACAUUAUAGUGAGAAUUAGCAUAUUCUGUUGCUAUCAUUAUUAUGCAUUCCUUUGAAUUUGUUAAAUUGGUAUUUCUAAUUUUGUUUUUAAAAAUAACAACAGUCAGAUUUCUAAACAUGUACUGUCUGGAAAUAUUUUAUUUUUUAAUAUAGGAAGUUGUUAACUUCACUGGUAUUCUUUAAAAAUUAACAUCAGUAAAUAGACCUAUGUGUUUUAUGUUGGGGAAGACACUGUGGAGAAGUUCUGAACAUCAGAAAAGUUUUAGAUAUUUUGAACUAAAAUAUAAAGUUAUACACUAAUUUUUCAUUCUUCUCCUUCACAUCAGUGCUGUGCAUUGUUUUUUAAUGAAUUGUAUUUGUUUUGAUGUGAAAAAGUGUAGUGUGAGAUUCAAUAUUUGUCCAGUAUAAUGUAAUGGCAAUGUUUACUCAUUCAUAUAAGAACAAGUAAAUUUUGAUGGACAUGUCAGUCAUGUCCUGUAAAUAAAAAGUUAACCAAUACAUGUUGCUCACACGCAUGAAGUUGUUAUAGCUGCAUUUUUAUGAAAGUAUAAAACAGGUUUGAGGAAAUAAUUAAAGUAUGUAAAAAUCACACUUCUAUUUCUCAUGAAACAUGCAUCUUAGAAGGGUUUAGGUUGAUAAAAAAAAUCUGCAGAGAAGUAGAAUUAUAUGUUAACCAUUACUUUCAUGUAUGUGCAUAGACAAGCCUUAAUUAUUAAUAUAUAUUUUUUCCAAUUGUCUUCAUAAUUUAGUAUUUUAUUUUUGUAUGUGAAAAUUGACUGAAAUAUAUGUUCUCAAAGAAGCUGAUUUUCUUCUUUUUGUUUGCUAAGUUUUUGUGGGGUGGGGGAGAUUUUCUAUUUUUAAUACAAAAGGAAAAUUUUUUAACUUCACUAAAAGAAAUAAUGGAAUUUUGUUUCGAAAAUAUAGUGAAUUGAAAAAUAUUUCUUAAGUAGUUUCUCAACAAAUCCUAUGUUGGAUUAUUUACCUAAAAUUACUAUAUAGGUCGGUUUAAAAAAUUUCCCUAUAAGUAUUUGUGCAUUUGAAGCUCGCAUAAUAUUUGAGUCUUAUUCCCACCAAUUAUUUGUAUGGAUUAUACAAAACAUAUCAACAUGAUGGUGACCUCUGGCAUUAAAAGUUAUUCCUUUAGGGUGGGGGGACAUGUGAUAUUUGUGUAAUCUUGUAAAAACUUAAUUGUGGUUUUUCUUCAAUUUCAAUGGCUGUUCAUGGUUUUGAACUGCAUUUGUCCAGGAAUCGGGCAGACUGGUUGUAAAGUGUAAUGCAUCAAUAUAACUAUAUAAUAAAGACUUUUUGAAACUUGACAA